CAGCUGGGGGGCCCCCCGGCCCCGGGGCCCCGGCCAUGCGCUGCUCCAAGUGCCUGCUCUGCCUCCUGGCCCUGCUCACCCUGCUGGCCCUCAAGGUUUACAUCGAGUGGAGCUCGGACCCGCUGCAGCCCCAGAGCCCCAGGAUGAUCCAAACCAGGCCCCAGCAAAGCCCAAACCAGCAGCAGCAGCUCUUCCAAGCCCUGCCAGCCAACUCUACGGCAGGAACUGCCACUUGCAGAGAGGAGCAGCCACAGAAGAUCCCCAAACUAACCUCCCUACCCAGGCUUACCAGCCUUCCUCCUCUCAGCCUGUGGGGACUACCCCCAGUGAAAGUCAGGCUGGUCCCCAACCUGCCGGGGCCCAGACCCCUGCUGCUGGCCGUGAAGAGUUUGCCCAGGCAGGUCGGGAAACGCCAGGCCAUCCGCGAGACGUGGGGCCGGCCCGAGCGCGGGGUGCGCCUGCUCUUCCUGCUGGGCUCCCCCCAGGGAGAGCCGGGCCCCGACCUGGGCCCGCUGGUGCAGUGGGAGAGCCGGCGCUACCGGGACCUCCUGCUCUGGGACUUUGUGGGCCAACGCCCCUCAACCUUGCCCGCAGCCCCUCAGGAUGUGCUGUUCCUGCGCUGGCUGGCCGCCCUGCCCCAGGUGAGCUUCGUGCUGCCUUCCCAGAGCGACAACUUAAAUCCUUGUCGAGGAGCCCUGCACGAACUGCUAAAGGGGAGCUGACCCACUUGGCAGGCCUACUACCUGGGCCACGUCUUGUGGCGACGCCCGUGCAGUCCCCGGGGAGCCCCUACUCGUGCCCAGGUCCUUCUCGCGGGCCCCUACCCAGCCUCACGCCAGCAGCAGCAGCCUCUGUUCUCAGACAUUGGCCCCUGGCUGCUCAGGGCGGCCGAGAGGGUGCUGCCCUUCCCCCCAUCGGCUUGA